UCCCCCCUCGAAAGGGGGGCGUGAAGGGAGCCGGGAUCAGCCAGGGGCCAGCAUGAGCCGGAGGGAGGGAAGUCUGGAAGACCCCCAGACUGAUUCCUCAGUCUCACUUCUUCCCCACUUGGAGGCCAAGAUCCGUCAGACACACAGCCUUGCACACCUCCUCACCAAAUACGCUGAGCAGCUGCUCCAGGAAUAUGUGCAGCUCCAGGGAGACCCCUUCGGGCUGCCCAGCUUCUCGCCGCCGCGGCUGCCGGUGGCCGGCCUGAGCGCCCCGGCUCCGAGCCAUGCGGGGCUGCCAGUGCACGAGCGGCUGCGGCUGGACGCGGCGGCGCUGGCCGCGCUGCCCCCGCUGCUGGACGCAGUGUGUCGCCGCCAGGCCGAGCUGAACCCGCGCGCGCCGCGCCUGCUGCGCCGCCUGGAGGACGCGGCGCGCCAGGCCCGGGCCCUGGGCGCCGCCGUGGAGGCCUUGCUGGCCGCGCUGGGCGCCGCCAACCGCGGGCCCCGGGCCGAGCCCCCCGCCGCCACCGCCUCUGCCGCCUCCGCCACCGGGGUCUUCCCCGCCAAGGUGCUGGGGCUCCGCGUUUGCGGCCUCUACCGCGAGUGGCUGAGCCGCACCGAGGGCGACCUGGGCCAGCUGCUGCCCGGGGGCUCGGCCUGAGCGCCGCGGGGCAGCUCGCCCCGCCUCCUCCCGCUGGGUUCCCUCUCUCCUUCCGCUUCUUUGUGUUUCUCUGCCGCUGUCGGUGUCUGUCUGUCUGCUCUUAGCUGUCUCCAUUGCCUCGGCCUUCUUUGUUUUUGUGGGGGAGAGGGGAGGGGACGGGCAGGGUCUCUGUCGCCCAGGCUGGGGUGCAGUGGCGCGAUCCCAGCACUGCAGCCUCAACCUCCUGGGCUCAAGCCAUCCUUCCGCCUCAGCUUCCCCAGCAGCUGGGACUACAGGCACGCGCCACCACAGCCGGCUAAUUUUUUAUUUAAUUUUUUGUAGAGACGAGGUUUCGCCAUGUUGCCCACGCUGGUCUUGAACUCCUGGGCUCAAGCGAUCCUCCCGCUUCAGCCUCCCUAAGUGCUGGGAUUGCAGGCGUGAGCCACUUUUCCAGCCUCUCUUUGCUUUGCCUGCCCCGUUCUCUUAACUCUUGGACCCUCCUCGUCUGCAUGGUAACUCCGUCUGAGUCUACCAUUUUCUUGCUCUCCCUCCUUCCUUGGGCCUGCCUCAGUUCCCUUUGGCCUCCCCCUUUACCCAGCUCUUGGGGUGUCUCUGUUUUUUCCAUCCCCACUUCCUGCCUUCUUGUGGCCCUGUGUGAGCGCAUGUGUACAUCUCAGCCUUAUCUCAAGGAGGUGACACCUUCUCUCCUUGUCCCCAUCUGGCCGUCUCUCUGUGCUUCCCUGGCCAGGGGCGUGCCUGCUGGUCCUAUGGGGGGAAGGCUACUCCGCAUCUCAGCCACCUUCCUCAGGCUCACUCCACCUACAUCCCCAGUCUGCCACACCCCAUCCCUUUGGGCCUCAGCCCUGUCCCUUUGAUGUCUUCCUUUCCUUCAGCCCCUCUGCCCUGUCCCUGCACACCUCCACUGCCUCCCAGCAGAUCUGUGGAGACAAAACAAGCAACACCUUAAAAGAGUUUUAUUUCUGAAAAUAAAUUAAUUUUUUGUAAAUAAAAUGUUUAAAAAUAAAAAAGAAACUAAAGUUACUUGUAUAUAUAGUUGUUGAAAAUGGGGAGACAGCUUUAGGGAGAAAAGGACCCUUGCGAUGCAGCCUAGUCCCCCAGACAUGCCCAAGAAGCCCAGCAGUAUAAAUAGGAGGCUGACAGCCCCUGGCCAGUGGUGCCCUCUGCCAGCCCAGAACAGGAAGUGGAUGUGUCCUAACAGGAAACAGAUGUGAUGCAGUCCUUAGUUCUUCAAGAAUUGGGCUUCCAUGGAUCAGGAAGUGGAGCCCCUGAGGACAGGAAGUGGAACAGUAGCCCCAGAGAGACAAGCCAAGCAGGGGAGCCAAUGAACUUCAGCAGGAAGAAGGAAGCCUAUCUGCUUAGAAAGGCGGGCUCUUCAUACAGCGAAUGAGGUAGACAGAGACAGGAAGGCAGCCCCAACCGUCCCAAAACUACAAAAAGGGGAAGGUCUCAGGGAGAGCCUAGGAAGGGGACCAACUGUCCUCUCCCUGUAGAGUGACAGGUGAAGCCUCUUUGGAGAGGUGCAUCUUUCCAACCAGGAAGUGGACACCCAGUACCACUGGAUGGGUAACCCAUGGAAUGGCAUCCAUGGAGGUUGACCCAGACCUAGAAGGCAGGCCAGAGGACCUGGGCCGGAAGGCCCUGAAAUAAGGAAAUUGAGGCCUGGCUCCCAGGAAAUGUUCCCAGACAUGGCACCCAAGCCCCGUCUGCUAGACGAGGUUUAUCUCCUUUUCUAGCCCACAAGCAAGGCAGAAAAGAGGCCAUUGUGAAAGAGGAAGUGCUGCAGCCUCUGACAGGAAGUCCUACCCCUCUAUGCUGAGUACUUAGCCUUGAGCAGAGCCAAGUCUCUCACAGCUCGGUCUGUCCAGUGGCCAUAUUCCCGGGUCACCACGUAGCCUCGACAUUUCCUCUCAAAGGCCGAGGCCCCAAAGGCAGCAAGCCCUAGAGUAUCCUCUUCUGGGGGGAUUGGCAGCCCCAGGGCCGUCGUGAUGGCGGCCAUAUUGCCCAGCAGGCCUUGGGCCCUGAGUCUCGCAGCCCCGAGCUGAGCCAGCAGGAUGGGACUGCCAGGGUUCAGGUCGCUCUGGUCGUCUUCCACGAGCUGGAGGUGCUGGGUCAAUGCCAGGAAGGCCCUCUGGGCAAGGCUCAGCCAUUCCCCGUCAUCCAGGGCGUGCCAGGUCUUAAAGAAGGCGGUGGCAGGAGGCAGGCUGCUGAGCUGGAGCUCAGGGGCUGAGAAGCCAGGGUCACUAAAGGGGCUGCCCUGGUACUGGAGCUGCAGGAGAGACAGAGACAGACAGGAGUGAGGGGACCAGAGUGGUGCCUGGGACUCUGACUUCACGCCUGCCCACUGAGACUGGCUUCUUCCCAGGAGUCGUCACUUGCUGCGUCUCAGGGAGCUGCUGGGAUGUCCUGACACAGGGCAAGGGCCCUAGGAGGCUCAGGUGUGUCAUCCUCUGCACGCUAGCUGUGCAACGUGGAGUCACAAGCUUCAGAAAUUCCCACCUGGCAGUGUUAUGAAGAUUAUAGGAAAUAAUAUAUAUAAAGCCCUUAGCAGGCCGGGCACGGUGGCUCACAGCUGUAAUCCCGGCACUUUGGGAAGCCGAGAUGGGUAAAUCACUUGAGGUCAGGAGUUUGAGACCAGCCUGGUUAACAUGCCAAAACCCUGUCUCUACUAAAAAUACAAAA